CCAUCUGUUGGAAAAAUAAAAGGUAAAGAGAGGAAAGAGAGUUAAAAAAAAGCAAGAAAGAGUAGACUCAGAGCUGAAUCGAACCUGUUCUUCGUUUUCCCCCACACGGAAUCCAAAUCGCUCUCCAUUCAAAUUCAAUUGUUGGUAGCUGGAAUAUGCAAUGGCAUGCCCUUCCAAUUCCUUGCUGUACAACUCCACUCUCUGCUCCUGCAUCCCCGGCUACCUCUUCAAUCGCACCUCCAACGCCUGCGCACUCUUCGCCGCGGAGCCACCGUUUCUCCAGCUUAGCAGCGGCGUCAGCUACGGCUCUGCCUUCACCUUCCCCUCUGCCAUAUUCUCCUUCGACUCUAUUAAGAAGUUCACGCAAUCGCAGGCCGUAUUUCUCGAAGCCACGCUCGUCAUGCUCCUCUGUUGGCUCGCCUUCUGCCUCCUCCUCCGCCUUUUCCCCCUCGGCUCCGACGGCCGCUCCGCCGCCUUCAAGAUCCGCUGGUGGAUAAGCCGCCUCGACGUCGCUUUUGCCACCCGCCACUGGCUGCACGAUCACCAACCCGUCGUCAAGCGCAAGACCGAGCUUGGAGGCUCCUUUUCCAUUGCUAGCUGGAUUCUCUUCAUCGGUUUGUUUGCAGCGUUGCUCUAUCAAACGAUAUCAAAGCGAAGUGUUGAGGUGCAUAGUGUCAGAGCUGCCAAUGCGCCUGAGUUGGAGUCAUUUUUGAACGAUUUGGAAGUCAACAUUACUACUGUUUCAAGUAUGAGCUGUGCUCAAUUGCGCGGUUUGGACACUCUUGUAACGGGGAAUCCUUUCUUCAUUGAUCAGAGAUCUUUUCGCCUUUCCACCUUUGCAAACUACUCUUGUCUCAACACCACCUCAGGCCCUACCAUAUCCAUUCGCUGCAGUAACUGUCGCCCUAUCAGGGACUUCGCCUAUAUCUCGUGGCAUUUUGUCGAUCUUCCCAACAAUCCGGCCACUGCGGUUGGCUUUCAGUUUAACCUCACUGCAAAGAAAAAUGAGAGGAAGAAGCAUUUGAGCUUUGUCAGUGGAAUUGUGAAGAACGCCACCGACUUUGAUGACAAACCGGUUACAUAUAGAGGGGCUGUGCCAAACAUUCUCAAAUUUAAUUUAUUUCCUAGACUUUACCGCAAUUUGCACGACUUAAAGCUCAUCCAGCCCCUGUUUCAUGAUUUUCUUCCUGGUUCGUCUUUUAGUGAGGUAAGUCAGCUUCAAGCAUCGCUCCAGAACUCUAGAGAUGGACUCAUCAACACUACGUUGGUUGUCAAUUUCCUAUCUUCGUAUAUUGUUGAGGUUGACAAUCAAAAUAUUUUAGGACCCGUGAGCUUUCUCGCUGAUCUUGGUGGCCUUUAUUGCAUAAGCCUUGGUAUUUUUUUCUGCUUCUUGGUCCAAUGUGAAUACAGAAUCCAACGGCUCCGCUACGAGGAUACUAUAAUGAAGAACAUUAGGAAUCGCGGAAAAGCCCAAGAUCAUUGGGAAAAGUUGAGGAAAUAUGUUAGAUACACUUGGGGAGCUUGCUCACUGGAUGACAGCAAAAGUGAGCUAAACCAAACAAGUUGCACUGGCAUUAUGACGAAAUCAUUACAUCACCGUGAAUCGUCACACAAGCAAAGAGUGCAGGAUAGAUCUAAUGCAGCCAGUCUUAGCAAUAAAGUAACCUUCCUGGAUCAGAAGAAAGUGGAGGCACAUAAUACUCAAGAUGUCGGUUCAUGCUCAACUGUAGCUCCAAAAAACCUAGUUGGGCGAUCGUCUUUCUCAAUAUGCAAACCACAAGAGCCGUCCAAUGGAAGCUUAGACUGUAAGAGCUAUGAAGGUUCAAGCGAAGGCGGAAAGUGGAAGAAAGAUAAUGGAGUAAUGGUGAGGGAUAAGUUAAAAGCUGCCUUGGCCAAAAUGGAGUCGGCCUCUACAGUAGAUGAUGAGGCAAAGAGUGUUUCUGAAUAGUCCUGCAUCUGAUAGUACUGUAUUUCAAGUUUAAAAUUGCAAGCAGAGUAGAACUCGCUUUUUCAUUCUUUCUUGUCUUGAUAUAAUAUUGGUUGAGGAACUUCAAUUUGUAACCUGAUAAAAAGAAGCAUUUACUCGAGA